CCCCGAGCGUCUAUCAAACAGGAUUGCCAGCAUCCUCAGCAGCCUUGAACCAAAGUAGAACCACCAUUUGCAGGUCCCCCCCCCCAAGUUUCUCGCAGACACACCUCGGGCGGCAGAGCAGGAGCCGGGCCCCCGGGGGCUCUGGGAAAGGGGCCCGGGAGCCCCGCCCUGGCCUGACGGAGGAGCACAGCGCGCGCGCCCGGCUUCUGGCCAGGCCCUCCGAGCGCGGCUUUCCUGGCGGCUCCAGCGGCGCGUCUCCUAGCAACCCUGCUUCCCUUCAAAAUGGCGGCCGGAGGGAGGGGAAACCCGGGGCCGCAGCUUCGUCACGUGACCCAAGGAACCCGCUCCGGCCGCCGCGCAGGCGCGAGGGAGGCCAAUCAGCACGGGGGCUGGCAGGGUGGCUGGGCGCAUGCGUAACGGCGCUGGGUGCGCGCUGGCGGGGGCGGGCGAGAGAGCGAGCCGGGAAGGAGCGAGGGGGUCGCCUGCGCCUGCGCGCUAGGCGCCGAGAGACGGCGGCCUUGACAGCUUGCGCCUUGUGUGCCGUAGAAGGGGCGGGGGAGAGCGAGCGCGCAUGCGCGGUAGGGGCAGCUUCGGGGGGCUCGGGUGGAGACAGCCGCCGCCGCCGCCGCGGCACUGAGAGGAUUCCCCCGUCCGCGCCUCCCUCCGCCCGCCUUCCCGCCCGGGCCUGCUCAGCCGCUGCCGCCGCCGCCGCCGGAGUCCCGGCCCCUCCCGCGGGGAGGCACGAAGGUCCCGGGAGCCGCGACGGGGCAGGCGGGACCAUGUCCGGGCGCGCCCAGAGCGGCAAACUGUCCACGACGGAGCGCAUCGUGAAGGCUGUCCCUUUCCCUCCUACGCAGCGGUUAACCCUGAAAGAAGUUUUUGAGGAUGGGAAACCCAGGCUGGAGGUCUUAAGAAACCACUUGGUGAAAGAAGGGCGUCUGGAGGAGGAUGCAGCGCUGAAGAUAAUCAAUGAUGGAGCCUCCAUUCUGAGGCAUGAGAAGACCAUGAUUGAAGUUGAGGCUCCAAUCACAGUGUGUGGUGACAUUCAUGGGCAGUUCUUUGACCUGAUGAAGUUGUUUGAAGUUGGAGGAUCACCCAAUAACACACGCUACCUCUUCCUGGGAGACUACGUGGACAGAGGCUACUUCAGUAUAGAGUUAGACAGGUUUAAGGAGCCUCCAGCCUUUGGUCCAAUGUGUGACCUGCUGUGGUCUGAUCCAUCAGAGGAUUAUGGCAAUGAGAAGACACUGGAACAUUUUACCCACAACACUGUUCGAGGUUGCUCCUAUUUCUACAGUUACCCUGCAAUUUGUGAAUUUUUGCAAAAUAAUAAUUUGUUAUCUGUGAUUCGAGCACAUGAAGCCCAGGAUGCUGGGUACCGAAUGUACAGAAAGAGCCAGACUACAGGCUUUCCAUCCCUAAUCACAAUCUUUUCUGCACCAAAUUAUCUAGAUGUCUAUAACAACAAGGCUGCUGUGCUGAAAUAUGAAAACAAUGUCAUGAACAUCAGGCAGUUCAACUGUUCUCCACACCCUUACUGGCUUCCAAACUUCAUGGAUGUUUUCACGUGGUCUUUGCCUUUCGUAGGGGAAAAGGUUACAGAGAUGCUGGUUAACAUCCUUAACAUCUGCUCUGAUGAUGAGCUCAUUUCAGAUGGAGAUGAAGCGUUGGACGGAGGCACCAAUGCCCGUAAAGAGAUCAUCAGGAAUAAGAUCAGAGCCAUUGGGAAGAUGGCACGAGUCUUUUCAGUUCUUCGGGAGGAGAGUGAGAGUGUUCUGAUGCUCAAAGGACUGACUCCUACAGGUACUCUGCCCCUGGGAGUCCUCUCAGGGGGGAAACAGACUCUACAGACGGCCACAGUAGAAGCGGUAGAGGCACGGGAAGCCAUCCGUGGAUUUUCGCCACAGCACAAGAUCCGCAGCUUUGAAGAAGCAAGGGGACUGGACCGUGUCAACGAGCGUAUGCCGCCACGCAAGGAUUCCAAGCACCCCGACGGGCCGGUGAACUUAACCUCCACAAACUCUGCGGAAAAGAACGGGAUGGGGAAGAAAGCCCAGUAACAGUUCAGGCGCCACCCACUCUGUCUCACUAAAGGAUCCAAAACUUAAUGAAUUCUAUUUAUUUAUUAUGAAGGGGGAGGGCAAGGGGGGGGGAGAAACCAACUUAGCCUGGAGGCACAUCCAUAAUCCAGUUUGCAUCCAUUCUGUAAGAGAGGUGACCAUUUUGUAAGUUUUUAAAAUUUUAUGUUCAAUAUAUAAAAAGUCAUCUUUUUUUAAUUUAGGAAUGGGUCUAAAUACUAGUACAUAUAUAAAGUGUUGUUUUGUACAGAUUGCCUGUCCCUGCAAGGAGGGAAGGAGCCUGUGUGUGUGGCUGGGGGGGGGGGUGGGAGGAAGGGAAGCAGAAACAACCCAGGGCAGCUCUGGGAUCUGAUUUUAUAAUGGAACCGUUUCAAGUUAUCCUUGUUUUUUAAAAGUGGCAACUUUCAUUUGAAAGCAACAUUUUUCUCCUCCCAGAUUUUGCUGUGUUUCUUCUAUUUCACACUGCAUCUGAUGCUCCAGCAGUUGACUUCCAUUAAAGGCAUGUUGCAUAGGG